AUGAGCUCGACGCCGCCCUCGUUGCGGGAUCUCUACAGCACACCUUCAGCGCCCUGGGCAUUCACGCCCUCAGACAACAAUAACAAUGCUUCCUCGUCAUCAUCGAUAUUAGGCGCCUCGUCCGCAGCAGCGCCGAAUGCGAAGCCGCCGUCAUACGUCUUCCAGCCGCCGCGACCCGCGCAGAACUCCGUGUUUGAGCUGUCGCCGAGUUUGCUGGAGCCUGGGGGCGUGGAUGUCAGUUUGCUGGUCAAGACGCUCGUGGCGAGUGCUGUGCUGCAGUAUGCGACGACUGGGAUCGCGAUGCCGUGGGAGGUCGGCAAGCUGUUGCUGCAAGUCCAGUGGGUGCCACGCGAUGCGGGCGAAGUGGAGGAGGAAGAGGUCGUCGAAGAAGUCGUCGAGGAAGUGUUGAGCGACGAGUCUGGCGAAGACGCAGGGUACUUCGCCGACCCUUCGACCGGCGCCGGCCCGUCGCGCUUCCCCGCCCCACGUCCAGCCGACGAGCGCGGAUACAUCGUGCGCAGGAGUGUUAUGGAGGAAGGGACGCGGCCCGAAUACGUGAUCCCCGUCGGCAGCGCCAAUGGGGUUUGGGGCAUGAUCAAGCGCGUCGGUCGCUUCCGUUCCGAGGGCUGGCUCGCACUCUGGAAGGGUCUACUAACAUCCUUCAUCGCCGACGAAAUCUCCUCGACCCUCCAACCCCUAAUCCACAACGGCCUCGUAGCGCUCUUCUCCCCCUCCUCCCUCUCGCCCUCCUACAUGUACCCCCCACACAUCUCCGCCCUCCUCCUCCCCGUAACAUCGCACCUCCUCACCGGCCUCCUCCUCUCCCCGCUCGACCUCAUCCGCACGCGCCUCAUCGUCCAGUCCCUCUCCGACCGCCACAGGACGUACAAAGGCCCCGUCGACGCCCUCCGCAAGAUCGCGGACGAAGAGGGCGGGCUCGCCGGGAUGUACCUGCACCCGCACCUCCUGCUCCCGGCCAUAAUCGACAACGGACUGCGUCCGCUCCUCGCGCUGGGCCUCCCGCCGCUCCUCGCGGCGCGCUUCUUCCCCGGCGCGCUCGCACCCGAUACACACCCGCUCGCAUGGGGCGCCGUCGAGUUCCUCAGCACGUCCGUCGGGCUGCUCAUCACACUCCCCUUCGAAACUAUCCGCCGGCGCCUCCAAGUCCAGCGGCGCGGUCCGCCCCCCAUGCGCGCGUGCGUCGAGACGCGCCCGUUGCCGUACAACGGCAUCGUCGAUGCGCUGUGGCACAUCAUGACCGAAGAGCGCUCCGAUCUGCCUUUGCGGCCCAAACGGUCGAAGAAGAACUCGAGCGGGAAGGGCAAGGAGAGUUCUGGUGCUGAGGGCGACAAAGGCAAAGAGAAGGAGAAGGAACAGGAGGAGAAGAAGGGAGAGGAGGAGGAGGUGCCGGAGAGCCUGUGGAGGUAUACGGGUCUUGGGCAGCUGUAUCGCGGGUUGGGUAUGAGGCUUAGUGCGAGCGCUAUUGUGUUUGUGAUUGGGAUGUUGAGUGGGGGCGACGAUGCGGAUGCGGGGUGGGCGGAGCUGUAG